AUGUCACUAUUUCCAAUAAAUCGUACAUUUCGUCGAUUUAAUGAUCCAUUCGACAAUUUUUUUGGUCACAACUUAGAUUUAUUUGAUCCAUUCUAUGACUUUGAUCGAUUUCCAUCAUUAGCAAUGCCAUCAUCAUUUCGUUGGAUUAAUGAGCCAAGACGACAUCAGUCACUAUUAAAUACACCAUCGGUACCAAUUUCAUUAGCACCAGCACAAUCAGAAAAGUUCCGUGUACAGUUGAAUGUAGCUGGAUUUAAUCCAGAAACAAUACAAACAAGAGUUGAUGGUAGAAAAUUAAUUGUACAAGCAAAACAAGAAGAUCGUAAUGGAGAUGAUUAUAAUGUACGUGAAAUAAGAAAAAGUUAUGAUUUACCCCAACAUGCUGAUAUCAAUAAUGUCGCGUCCUUCGUCACACCAAAUAAUAUGUUGGUCGUUGAAGUUCCCGUUCGUAAUCCUGAAGUUGAACAACGAAUGUUACAAUCGCGUACACUAUCUGAUACUAACAAUCAUCAAUUAGCUCAAUUUGGUCAGUUUAGAGAUCCAUUAUUUGACUAUGGUGGCUUUGGUGCAAGUGCAUUUAGUCCAAAAAUUGUGGCUACUGGUAAUGGUCAGAAACAACUGCAGAUGUCAUUGCCAAUGCGAGAUUAUCGUCCUGAACAGAUUAAAGUAUCAGUUAAAGACAAUGAUUUAGUUGUUCAAGGUGAACAUAAUUAUAAAGACAAUAAUCGUUCAGAAAAAUCAUAUUUUUACAAAUCGGUAAGCCUCCCACCUGGUACACAAAUUGAUCAACUUCAGUCACAUUUGACUCAAGAUGGUGAAUUACAAGUUGAAGCACCAUUUUAUGAACCUACUCAACAAUCACUUCAACAGCAUCGUCAACAAAUUGAAGUGAAUAGACAAUAA